CACGUUCCUAAAAAUUUGCUUAAACAGGGAAAAGUCAUGGAAAACGACGCGACAAUCCAACUGAAGACGCUGCUGCAGCUUCAUCUGGCCACUGAUAUCUCGUCUGCUCAGAAUCUGCCGUAUAUACUUGAUAUACUGACUUCGGAGCAUCUGGCACCGUCUCCGCAUCUCACCAAAUGGACAUCUCGAAUAUAUUCUCUCUUACAUUCCAAAGAUGUGCCAGGAAAAUGGGCUGGACUCUGCCUCGCACAUAGGACGUCACUCCUUUCAAAAUCAGUCAUGAUUGAACAAGCCCAACAGUGGCUCACGAUUGCUUUACGCAUCCUAACUCGAAAAGAAGCAGUGCCGGUCUUUAAAGCCGCAGUUAAUCUGUGUCGGAUUAUAUUGUGCUCUGCAAUGGAUGUAUCUGAAUUUCAACGACAAGUCUGUCUUCCCAAUGUUACAAAGUUCACCCAAACAAUCAUUGCUUUAUGUGAUGGAGCAUCUGGAGAGCCCGACCUCGAGUUUAAGAUUCUUAUCUUGAACACGCUCGCCAGAAUCGUUCCAUUGUAUCCCAAUGCACACCGGUCAUCCCACACCACGCUUUCCGGCUUGUGUCUAUUGUAUCUCAAUGGAAGUGCCCUCUUGCCUACUUCUAUGGCACUGCUCCGAUCAUCUUCCCGUUUAUACGCUGUGCUUCCCGCCACCGGAGGCAAAGUUGGGGCUUCAAAUCUGUGGAAAAAGACAGUCGAGGAAACUUUGGCUUUUGGAUGGACUGCAUUUUCGAGCUUACGGUCUUCCUUUUCAGAAGGCCCUGUUUCUCGAAAUGAAGACGCUCAUAUCACAAUAUCAUUGAAUCUGGAUCGUCUACGUUGUUUUGUUGUCAUCAUUGAUGACCUUCUCGGGACCGGUACCCAGCGACCAGUUCAAGUUCCAAUAGGGUCCUUGCAAAAAUUUGCCAUUGCUCUUCUAACGUCAACGGCUGCUGAUAGAGGAUCGAAUAUUGGGCACGUAGACGUCAGUACGCGAUCACUCGAAGCUUCCGUUGUUCCAACUCUAUGGAAGCUUGGUUGUGAAUUUGUCACUAGCCUCGCCACCCACCUCCGUCAUCACUUGACUCCACAUUUGAACGGGUUAACUUCUUGUUUGGCCUCUCAUCUAGAGCAGAAACCUGCGGGCUCACAGCGUCUCCCAUUCCUAGACGCCCUUAAUUCUAUCUUUGCUCAUUGUCUCCCCUUGCACUCAGAAGUCUCUUGCAAUCGGUUGACAAAGGCUGUCCUCUCCUCGAUUACUACGAUCUUGCCUUCUCAAUCAGACUUCGAUCAGUCUACUGACACGAUACAGACUGGUCGUAACAAAAAGGGAAAGAAACGGGCGAGGGCUUAUGAAGGAGAAGAACUUUUCAGGGUUUCUCGCAAUGUACUAUUUUCCUUGUCUGAUGACGGGAAAGCGGUACUCACUGCCUGCGAUGCACUGGCUUUUCUAUUGCGCAACCCAGGUCUUAGUGCGGCGACGCACUCUCUGUCAGUCCGGGUAUUGUUGUCUAUCCUCUUCUUCCUACCCCAGCGUUCGCCGCUGUCGUUAUCGCCGGACCCAACCCUUCACCCAAAACUCCUACAAAAAAUACAAGCGCUGGUGACUGAAUCUGGCUGCGGGACGACAAACACAGCCAGCAAAAGUCUGGGUCUCGUCCUAAGAGCCGUUGAUUUGAGCAAGACUGACGAUAAUGUUUGUCAACGUACUCUUGAUAUCCUACUACAUCCCCGUGUUCCACCCCUUGUCCGUUCCCUGCCACACGUUGAAACGCUGUCACUCUUUCUCUCCGAAGAAAGCACGGAAGAAGCGAGAGAUCGGGAAUUACUUGGUCUGUCGGUAUUGCAACGCCAAGCUUCGGAUCCUGUGCAGAACACCGUAGCGUCACCGUCACCGCGUGUCGGUUUAGAACAGGAAACCCACCCUGUUCGUUCUAUUCCUCCAGCAAAAGUGCCUGCACCCAUCCCCAUCGAUACACCUCCUCCAGCCAAGGUUGGUGACAGUCUGCCGCGUGCGGAGCCGGUAUAUGCUCCAUCGAAGCCAUCACAUCCACCACCCACGGCUCCCACACUUGAGCCGCCUACGAAUGCAACAAUCGAGCCUGCCGUUAUGAUAGUAGACGCAGUGGAAGAGGACCAAGAAAUGCCCGCUAUAGAUCUAGAUUCGGAUUCAGAUUCUGCCAGUGAUUGAUGUUACCGCUUUUUGACAGUCUCAUGUAUUUGCGUAUAUUUCCGCUCACUAAAACAUCCUUCAAGCUGA